UUAUCAUAAAACUUCAUGAAAAAUGCAUUUUUGUUUCUUCGGCAAGACAAUUCAACUGAACUAUAUAGAGAAGAGUUGUAGCUCAAUUUUAUAAACCUGUUCUUCAUAAAGUGCCGUUCAAUCUGCGCAUGCGUUUAAGAUGGAGCUCACCCAUCACUUUCGUCGAAAAUUGAGGUUAUGUUUGGGAGCUUUGUUUUUCGUAAAUGCAGCAUGCUUUUAUAUUUCAUAUUGAGCUUUUAUAAUUUAUAUUGUUGUUACCAUUAGUUUAUAUAUUACAGUAACAAAAAAUGGGUGAAGUUAAUGUGAGUUUUCAGUUCAAAUCUAGUAAAACCCCUUUGCUACCAGGAACCAGAGCUUCUGUUUCCAAAUCACAAAUUCUAACCUCAUCUGGAAUUGUAUCUUUGGAUCAUAUUCUGGGUGGAGGAUAUCCAGUUGGAAAUAUCAUUCUAAUUGAGGAAGAUGAAUUUGGGUUUUACUCAAAGCUAUUCAUCAAAUACUUCUUAUCCGAAGGCCUGGUGUCAAGGCACAGCGCCUAUGUCUGCAGUCUGGAUACCAACACCCGACGUUUGGUAGAAGAACUACCGAGCCCAGUGACAGACUAUGGCUACGAGAGCGGGGGUCGCAGUGGCACCGAUGACGUGCUACGUAUAGCCUGGCGCUACAAGUCAGCCUCGCCUCACUCGCCCGCCACCGCAGAGAGCACCGCCUUCGGACACCAUUUCGAUCUGGCCUGUCCGCUCAGUGCCGAGGUCAUCAGUAGUUCCACCAUCGGCCACUACGAUCAGUAUGGCUGUUACGCGGACCCAUCAUCACCAGCUGUGGACCACUAUUCGCGUGUGCUGGAUCAGCUGUCAGCUCGCACACGCUCAGCUGAGCACACAGCUGACUCGAGCGGCAUGCAGAGUGUGCGGCGCACAGUGCUGCGGGCUGUUGUGCAUCAGCUGGGCUCGCCGCUGUGGACGUCAGCUGAUACCAAGUCGGCGCAUGCGCAGCAAAUCACCCGGUUCCUCUACAGAUUGAGGCAUCUUGUUCACGAUUCGCUCACCACCUGUCUGGUCACUGUUUCGCCUUCCCUGUUCAAGGUCAGCCAUUCCUUCUUUUACAUCCUCUUCUUUCUUCUAUUCUUGUUAUUCUUUUCAGUUCCAGGCCUGCUGCACCGCUGCGAACACCUGAGCGACUGCGUCAUCAGCCUGGAGUCACUGGCACGCAACUGUAACCCGUGCUUCAGCGACUUCAACGGGCUGCUGCACGUGACCAAGUUCUCCACCACCAACAGCCUGGUGCCACACGUGCCCGAGGAGGUCGACUGGGCGUUCAAACUGCGCAAGCGCCGCUUUGCCAUUGUCAAACUGCAUCUGCCGCCUGAGCUGGCCGAGACUGAGGCCAGGGGUGAGCAGGACGACUAUGCGGCGCCUGGUUGUGGAUCGGCGUCCGGUGGUAGGAGAUCGGAUUUGGACUUUUAG